GGCCCGGGCGAACGGGAGUGGCGGCCCCGCUGCCUCGGUAACGCCAGGGAGCCGUGUGAGAGCUGCGAAGGGGGGCGGGAGGAGCGGCCCCGCUGCCUCGGUAACGCCGGGGAGCCGUGUGAGAGCCGCGAAGGGGGGCGGGAGCAGCAGCCCCGCAGCCCCAGUAACGCCAGGGAGCCGUGUGAGAGCCGCGUUCCCCUCACGGCCCGGCCCCCGCCGCCAUGUCGGUGGACCCCAUGGCCUACGAGGCGCAGUUCUUCGGCUUCACGCCCCAGACGUGCAUGUUGCGCAUCUACAUCGCCUUCCAGGACUACCUGUUCGAAGUGAUGCUGGUGGUGGAGGGCGUGAUGCUGAAGAAGCUGGACGGCAUCCCCGGCUGCAAAAUCAGCCCUUCCCAGAUCCGGAAAUGCACGGAGAAAUUCCUGCUCUUCAUGAGGGACCACUUCGAUAAACUCUUCGCUAAGAUGGAAGAAGUGAUGCUGCAGCUGGUGCUGAACAUCCCCAAGCACGUGCUGCUGCCCGAGGACAGGGUGCAGGAGCAGUAUCCCUACAGCAAGGAGGAGUUCCAGGCCCUGCAGGACGAGCUGCAGCAGCUGCAGCAGCAGUGCAGGGCUGAGGCGGCCGCGGAGCAGGCGCUGCGAGCAGAGCUGGAGGAGCAGAAGGCUGUCAAGGCCGAGCUGGAGAAGAUUUUGCAGUGCUUUGAUGGGCUUGAGAACAUCUGCAGGGAGCACGGCGCCGGCAAUUUCAAGGAAAGCUAUGCCCUCCUGACACAGAGUGCUAAGAAACUGCAGGAUGUGCUGAAAGAUGUGGAGCAGAAGAGCGAAAAAAUGAAGCAGCAUGAUCAGUUAAUGUAAUGGGAAUUCUGAAAAGACAAGAGAUGUCAUACAGGGGGCUUGCUUAAAAUUACAGGGGUUUAUCUUUCCCUUACUCUGCUCAUCCUGCCAGGAUUUGGUCUAAAAGCUGUUAACUGUGCCAGUUUGCACCUCUCUAAGGCAGGAAGGGGAGAAAAGCCUGUAAAAUGUAACUCAGAUUGUUUUCAUUGUAAAUUUUGGUUGCAUAACCAGUGUUUGAAAACGCUGAAUGUUACCUUUGAAUGCUACCUUUGAACAUGUGUAGCACUUGCCCAUUUUAAGGAUUAUAAAAACAAAAUCUCGCUAAGGCUUGUAGGAUGUGUGGGUGGUUUCCAGCCUGAGGCUGGAGCAGGGGUCCCUGAGGCCAUGGGGACUUUGCCAGUUCCCAAGGAGCUGCCUGGCCCUGGCCACGGUGCCUCUCACUGUGUUUGGAAAGCCAUCAAGGAGUAAAUGCAGGGGGAAGGAUGACACUGAUGCUCUUGACAAGGUUCUGAUGAGAUCUGUUGGCAUCAAACCAAAUUCCAGCCCAGUUUCUGGAAUCUCAGCGUUCCUCACCACUCCACCUGUGCUUGUUUCUCUCAGCACAGAGCUGCUGCUCCACAGAGCAGAAGCCACUGGAGGAAAUGAGUAAUUCCAUCACUUUGUCCUGCUUCACUUUGAGUUGCUUUAUAAAUAUUUGUUAGGGGGUUUUGUUGCCCAGUGUCCCUUUUUCAUUAAAUAUUAAAGUUCUUUUAAUUAAUGUUUUAUCAGAUUUUCCUGUAAAAAUGUUAGGAAUACUGAUAAGCUCUUGUGUCUUAAUUAAACUUAUUCUCUGUACUUAAUUCAAAAUCCCUGACAGUCUGUGCAUCUUUCCGUGGCAGAUUUUUAAUCUCCUGUUUAGUCCUAUCAUUAAAUAGCAAUAUUAAUUCAUGCUUCACUAGCACAGAGCCAUGAACCC